UAUGACUUCAUAAGAGUUUAUUAUUCAUUUCAUGCACAAAAAGACUGCCCUAAUCUCCCUCUUUGGCUAGUGGAAUCUCUUCAGAACUCUUCGGUGGAAAAUAGAACCUUUCUUCCUUGAUCCCAGGGCAGGGCUGAAAUGAGUCUUAAAGGACUUAAAUGGCCCGACAUCAUCGCGUCACCACUGACUUCUUACUCAAAGGGGUACUUUGGGCGGCAGGUGGAGUUAUAAUUAUAGAUUAGAAAAAAGCAACAUCAGCAGCUGUCACUUCUGUUUGUUCCCGGCUAUAACUGUCAUCAGUGGGCAAACUGGCAUAAACAGGCCUCUGCAAGUGGAAAAACAUUUAACCCCUGGACUUGUUACACGCUGAGUCCUCACAGCAGCCUGAGAACAGAAGGAAGCUUGACUGUCCAUGAGUGAAGGGUGGAACCCCAAGCGACACCAAUCUGAAGGCAUCUCUUCAGGAAGAGCCUGACAUUUGAACAUUUUUCUUUCCUGCUGGAGACUCCAGAGAAAUAGAAAAAGCUAUCCGAGAUGACUGUCACUUACUCCAGUAAAGUAGCAAAUGCGACUUUUUUUGGAUUUCAUAGGUUGCUCCUCAAGUGGAGAGGCAGCAUCUACAAGCUUCUGUACAGGGAAUUUAUUGUUUUUGCUGUUCUUUACACAGCAAUAAGUUUGGUAUACAGAUUGUUACUUACAGGAGCCCAAAAACGUUACUUUGAAAAAUUAUCAAUUUACUGUGACAGAUAUGCUGAACAAAUUCCAGUAACCUUUGUGCUUGGGUUUUAUGUGACUCUGGUUGUGAACCGAUGGUGGAACCAGUUUGUGAACCUGCCCUGGCCAGACAGGCUAAUGUUCCUCAUCUCCAGCAGUGUUCAUGGGAGUGACCAGCAUGGGCGCCUGCUCAGGAGGACGCUGAUGCGUUAUGUCAACCUCACAUCCCUGCUUAUCUUCCGCUCUGUGAGCACAGCUGUGUACAAAAGGUUUCCAACCAUGGACCAUGUGGUCGAAGCAGGUUUUAUGACCGCAGAUGAAAGGAAAUUAUUUGACAACCUCAAAUCACCUCAUUUGAAAUACUGGGUUCCAUUCAUUUGGUUUGGAAAUCUUGCAACAAAAGCCCGGAAUGAAGGUAGAAUCAGAGACAGUGUCGAUCUACAAUCUUUGAUGACUGAAAUGAAUCGGUACCGCUCUUGGUGCAGCCUCUUAUUCGGUUAUGACUGGGUUGGGAUUCCACUGGUUUACACACAGGUUGUCACUCUUGCUGUCUACACCUUCUUCUUUGCAUGCCUGAUUGGACGGCAGUUUUUGGAUCCUACCAAAGGCUACGCGGGGCAUGACUUAGAUCUGUACAUUCCCAUCUUUACUCUCCUCCAGUUCUUCUUCUACGCAGGAUGGCUCAAGGUUGCUGAGCAGCUUAUCAACCCUUUUGGAGAAGAUGACGAUGACUUUGAAACGAACUGGUGCAUUGACAGAAACCUGCAGGUCUCUCUUUUAGCUGUGGAUGAAAUGCACAUGAGCUUACCCAAGAUGAAGAAGGACAUUUACUGGGAUGACUCUGCCGCUCGACCCCCAUAUACACUGGCAGCUGCUGACUACUGCAUACCCUCGUUUCUGGGGUCAACAAUCCAAAUGGGGCUAUCUGGAUCUGACUUCCCCGGUGAGGACUGGCUUUGGAACUAUGAGAAGCACAGCCACCGGCAUUCUGUGAUGAGAAAAGUCAAGAGGUUUCUGAGCACCCACGAGCAUCCUGGCAGCCCCAGGAGGAGGAGCUUCGGAAGGCAGGCCAGCGACAGUUCCAUGUUUUUCCCUCCCAGUCCGGCUCGGGAUCUACUGGAUGUGCCCUCACGAAAUCCCCACCGAGCCUCAUCCACCCGGAAGCAAUCCCACUCCCGAGAGGACAGCCCCAAGCUGCAUUCCAGCAUGGGAGAAUUGUCCACCCUGAGGGAGGUGAGCCGCACGAGCACUCUGCAGAGCCUGACCCCGCAGUCCAGUGUGAGGGCCUCCCCUACCAAAAUGCCCCAAGUCCCUGAGGUUCUGAUUACCGCAGCGGAAGCACCAGUGUCCUCAUCAGACAGCCAUCACCAUGACUCUACUACCUCCAUCUUGAGCCUGGAGUUUACUGGGGUGCAGCCAAGCAGGACUGAGCAGGAGGGGACACCCCCUGGAGACCCUAGUCCCCAGACUGCUUCAGUCAAUUCUAAAAGAGACAUGUUCAGGUUUGAGGAAGGCCUGGAUGAUGACAUGAUCCCCAAAAGGUGGAGCCUCCCAGAGUUCCGGGAGGCCAGUCACACUUCCCUGGGAAACUUAGGUCCAGAUCCUGUGAGUGCAGACCCUGCUCUUUUACUUGACACAGAAACAUCCUCAGAGACCAGUGGAAUCAAUCUUGGGGCUAGCUCUGCAGUCUCGCCUGACAUUCUGUACUUAAUGGAAAACCUGGACACUAAGGAAACAGACAUCCUAGAAUUUAACAAUGAGCACACUGAAGAAUCUCCCAAAGGACUGCCACAGAGCCCCAGGGCCUGGUUCUAGCCUGGCUCCUACUUUACCCAAAGCUUGGCAUCAGCCCCGGAAUACCCCUGGAAGCUGGCCAGCCUUUGAAAAAAAAAAGAUCCUACUGCAUAAGCUACUUAGAACUAUAAAGGGCAUUAUGAUCCUGCAAAAAUCAAGCACAUCCAUGUCAUCCAACAAAAAGUGGCUUUCAUGGGAGUUAUAUGGCCCACAGUGAAUUAUCAUAACCAAAUAAGGAAUGUUAUAUAAAUAUAUGACAUACGUCCACAGAUGAUUAUCUUUGGAAAGGGCCAUACAGAUUAUAGUCCAAUCCCCUAGACACAAAGGCCAGAAGCGUCCUCUCUUCUUUCCUGCCCCCUCCUAUGCCCACUCUCCUUUGCUUUAGCUACAAAGACAGGAGAUGGAUCACAUCAUACCCCAAAGGCCCUUUACAAUUAUUUGAUUGAGGCUUUCGGACCACUUCAUUCCUGCUUUCUGUAACCACUAUUACCACCUUUUCCUAACUCUUAAACGUCCUCAGCAUCAGAAGGAUCCAUUUCUCUCUGGGUGCUGUCUCAACAUCGUGGUCUUUAGUGUUUUCUCUUCCCCGUUAUUUUCUUACCCUUGUCCCUUUUCCCUUUUCCUUCAUCUUGUUCCUUCAGUGGCUCCUAACCUGUUCCACUUUUCAGGCUAUAGAAUUCUCUCUUGCCAACUCUGUUGCUUCUUGACAUGUUCAAAACAUAAGGCAUCAACAAAGCCUCGUACAGAAUGUCAGCACAUCCACCCUCUCAUGCUUCUAGCCUCACAGCAGGAGGGGUGUGUGGGUUGAUGAAGUGCACCACUUGCACAAACCUACUGCUUCCGCUCUUUGGUCUUGGACCCUGGAGAAAACAGAAACCAAGAGGAUAUGAAAACUGCAUAGCCAAAUGUUAUAGUACCAAAGGAUGACAUGGUUUGAAUCUUUUGAACUCAUACACAGUCUUAAGCAAAAAUCCCAAUUGUGUCACAGCACGGGACCAGUUACUGUGCCUAUCAGGUUGUUUGGCAUGGAGUAGGAUGGUAGAAUUAUAUGUAUUAUAAUGUUCAUGACUGUAUGGUGGAGACUGACUGUUGUCAGCCUCCCUCCAGAAGGGUAGCUAUUUGUUGCAAGCGCCUAACUUUGAAAGGCUUCGCCUUCUGAGUGUUAGCCUCUCUGCUUGUCCUAGGAUGAAAUGGCUUCAGAAAUAAAGAAACCUUAGUAGCUACCACUGAAUGAGUGCUCACAAUGUUCCACACAGCUGCAGCUGAAGUUCAUAGAUGAGCUCAUUAAGCCUCACAGGAAUCCUAUUAGGCUGGCUGCAUUUUAAAGAUGAAGUAAACAGAGGCGUUGGAGAAGUAAUUUGCCUAAAAGCACAUAGCCAGCUUAUCUGGCUCAAGAGUUCCCCACUCUUAACCACCGUGUUUCCCUGUGCUGUGUUAUCUGCAAGGCCUUGAACCUACAGCGAUUUGCCUAGGAUUCUUGGGAAUGCUCCAAGGGAACCAUGCCCAAGUCAUAGAUUUGUGCCAAAUCUCUUCAGCCUUGAACGCCUCUUUGCAUCCUCCAGGCCAGGCUUAACAGGACCUGAACUCAGAGAGGAGAGUGGAGCCUCUGACACUGAGCCCUAGCCAUGUCUUCUUCAUUUGUAACAACAGAAGGUUGUCAGAAUCCACUUCUCCUUUCCCCACUCCAGAGCCCUGACGUACAGUGUUAUAAUGAGCAUAUUCGCAUAAGACCUCGAAUCUCAGCAGGCCUCUAGAGCCACACAAGAGUGACGUUUACCUUAACUGGCUUUUCUCAAAUGACUUGAAGGAAAUACUAUUAGAAUAAAUCCUAUAAUUGAUGAUUCUCUAUCUUGGUCCAUACCAUUAGCUCCCGGGAAAGCACUGUGAUUCUCAAAGCACUACAUACAGAUGGACUAUGGAAUCAAGUCCCAUUGCAUUCUAAAACACCAGAGCCCCAGCCUUCUUGCAGUCACCAUUGUCUUUAUGCAGUUUCCUUGAGUACUUCA